ACUAGUUUCCAAAUAUGUAGGUACUUACCUUUCUAAAAGUAAUUCUCAAUGAACGCUGUCCAUGUAAAAUUAUUUAUUGUAGUUUCUCUGUAAGAAUUACUUAACGUGUUGCUAACAAAUUCUACUAAUACUCAUUAAAUUCCUCAUUGUUAAAAAAUAGUCAGUAAAAUAAAUUUCAAAUUUCAAAGAAAACUCAUGCCAAUUUUACAGUGGUUAGCGCUAAGUUUCCAGUAUUAGAAUGGCGUUCAAGUUAUUAGCCCUCGGGCUUCUGCAUAUUGCUGUAGCCAACCCAACCAGCUCCCUUCAGGGUAUUCAGGACAUGCAAAUGGUGGACGACACCGUGGCAAUAGGAAGCUACGUCCGCGCCGUCAGAGCUGCAGCUCCACAUCAGCAGAAACAGGAGCAGGAGGACUACAAAAAGACAUACGAAAGUGAAAGUGACGGUGUGAUCGGUUACUCCCGCAAGAAGAGCGGCGGCGGGAAGAAGGGCUACCAGCACUUCGACUCGUACCACAAAAAGGCUGGAGACCAUUACGAGUUGGAAACCGAGGACUCGUAUGGGAAAGACGAGGAGGGACAGCAGGGCGCGCACAGCCACCGCCACGAGAAGAAAGCAGAAAAGCCUCGCGAACAAAAACCUAAAGAUGAAGAAGACGUGGAACGGUUGAGAGACGACAUACCUGAAAUUGAACAUGAAGAACUAAAAGAGGGCGCUCCUGACGGCAACGGAGGAGUUGAGGCUCAUGGACACGAUCCUAACGACUACAUCCUUCCGGAAAAGUACACCUAUGGUUCCGGGGAAGAAUACGAUUUUUAACAACAUAAUCACGCCAAACAGAAAUAUCAAGAGAAUUGCAAACCGUUGUAACAAAGCAAGAAGAAGCAAACUCCACCAAAGAAUCUAAUAAUAUCGUCAUAAUUUUAUAACAUAACUUUCAAGUUUCAAAUAAUUGUAAAAGCUUGAUAAACCAGUAAAAUCACUGUGAUAAUAUAUUAGAACAAAAUAAAUACCUAAUUAUUUAAACACCUUUUAUUUUCUUUUUCGAAAAGAAAACGAGUAAUUUUAAACAAUGAAUACUGACGACUAUGAUAAUGUUUGCUCGUGUGUUAUCACAUUGAAUAAUACCUAAUUUCUGCUUUUGUUCAAAUAGCAAUAACAAAACUUUUUGACAAUGACAUAGCAAACAAUUGACAUUGACACUUGACAGUGACAUUUGUUUUCUUUCGUCGUUUCGGGACUGACACCGACUGUGAAGCAGCAAAGCAAUAAUAUUCGAAAGCGGAAAAAAAUAUAAAAACUUCUUUUAUUAUCCCGUUACAAUUUGUGAUGUGAGGCGCCGAGAGCUAUACU